CGGGGCGGGGGCGGCGGCGGCGGCGGGGGCGGUGCGGGGAGCGCGGCGCCGCCCGGCACAUAUAAGCGCGGCGCGCCGGGGCCCCGGCGCCGGUGUUGCUGCCGGUACCGUCCUUCCUCGCCGGCUCCCUCCGGGCCGCCGCCCGCCAUCCCUCCGUCCCUCCCCGCCCGCUUUGUUUUCUCGCCGUCCGCGGGCUCGGGCCCCCCACGCCGCUGCCACCCUGAAGUUUCUGGCGGUGCUGCUGGCGGCGGGCAUGCUGGCUUUCCUGGGGGCCAUCAUCUGCAUCAUCGCCAGCGUCCACCCGGCCGGUACCGCCGCGCCCGCCGCCGCUGCCGCCGACAAUGACUCGGCCGCCGCCGCCCUCCUGCCCGCCGCCGACAAGGGGCUGGGAGCGCUGCACGGCCCCGCCGAGGCUCUGGCCAGCGCCGGGCCGCGCCUGCCGGGGGGGCCGCCGCCGCCGCUCUUCAGCCGCUUCGUCUGCACGCCGCUGAGCGCCGAGUGCCCGGCCACCGGCACCGGCCCCGCCGCCGCCGCCGGCCCCGAGGAGCUGCUGGCGCUCCGCAGCGCGGCGGCCCAGCUGCGCCGCACGGCGCUGGAGCAGAAGGAGCGGAUCCGCAUGGACCAGGAGACCAUCCGGGAGCUCACCGGCAAGCUCAGCCGCUGCGAGGGCGGCCUGCGGACCCCUCCCGCCGCCGCCCCCCCCGCCGCCGGGCUCCGCGCCGCCCCGCGUCCCGGUACCAUGGGCCACCCCCCUGCCGAGCCGCCCGCCGUGCGGGAGCUGGAGGAGGCCGUCCGCACCCUCCAGGACCGCAUCGACCGGAUCGAGCAGGAGCUGCCACCCCGCACCAACGGCUCGGCACCCACUGCCCCAGCGCUCACUCGCGAUGCCCUCCACACCAAGAUGGAGCAGCUGGAGGAGCAGCUCCUCUCCAAGAUCCUGACUUUGCAGAAGGAGCGCCAGGCUGCCAGCACUGACCGCAGCCAGCAGCAGCAUGACAUCGAGAAGGAACUGAAUUCCCUCCAGAACCGGGUGACAGAGCUGGAGCACGGACCACCAGGCUACAGCCCUCCCGAUGCCUUCAAGGUGACCAUCCCAGUGCAGAAUAACUACAUGUAUGCCCGCAUGAAGAAGAGCCUGCCUGAGCUCUACGCCUUCACCAUCUGCAUGUGGCUGAAGUCCAAGGCCCUGGCAGGGCUUGGCACCCCUUUCUCCUACUCUGUCCCAAGCCAAGCCAAUGAGAUCGUGCUGCUGGAGUGGGGCAGCAACCCCCUGGAGCUGCUCAUCAAUGACAAGGUUGCCCAGCUGCCACUGAGCCUGAAGGACAAGGCCUGGCACCAUGUCUGUGUGGCAUGGACCACCCGGGAUGGCAAGUGGUCAGCGUACCAGGACGGUGAGCAGCGAGGUGCUGGUGAGAACCUGGCCUCCUGGCAUGCCAUCAAGCCCCAGGGUGUCGUCAUCCUGGGCCAGGAGCAGGACACGCUGGGUGGCCGCUUUGAUGCCACCCAGGCCUUCGUGGGGGAGCUGGCGCAGUUCAGUGUGUGGGACCACAUGCUGGCACCAGCAGAGAUCCUGGGCUUGGCCAACUGCACCUCCCACCUCCAAGGCAACGUGAUCCAGUGGGACGACCAGGCGGUGGAGGUCUUUGGGGGUGCCAGCAAGGGGGACUUCGCUGCCUGUGAGGAAGGGAGGAAGGCAUGAGCAGCCCCUCACCCGCUCUGCAGCGCCAAGGAGCCCAGUGGCAGCCCCGAAGCAGGGAGCCCCUUUCUCCCCUCCCAGACUACCAAGCCUCAUCAGGGCGAUGCUCAAGCCCCCCGCGCUGGUGUCCUGGGAGGGAGGGGUUCCCCUGGCAUCCUCCUUCUUGUCCCCACGCUGGUGGCGCGGCUUGUCCCCCGUCCUGGCAUGCCUUCCCCUGGGUGUUACCCUGCGACGCUUCUGUUUCAGGAGGACACCACCAUACCCACAGGUGUCUCUGGUACAGCGAGGCUCCCCACUUUGUCAGCCCCAAUGAGUGGGAAGGAGACCUCCGUCUGCCCCAAGCACGGUCCAGCCUUAGCGGGAUGCCAGCGUGUGCCCCUCCCCCUUCUCUCCCAAGCACAUCCCCUUUCCCCGUUUAUUUCUAGUGCCCCACUAUCUGGUCUUGUGAGUCUGUACUCCAAAUGAGCCCAAAGACUCGGCUGGGAGCAUCUUCCCCUCUGACCCCAUUCCUUCUUCUCCUGUCACCCUGGUUUUCCCAGCACAGCCCCGAGGAGGCUGAGGGAAGAUGGCAGAGGGUUGGCGAGACAUUGCUCACCCUCCCUGUGCCCCUUCCCCUGCCUCUACUGCCUGUUUGGGCAGGACUGCCUAAGGGGAGACAGGCUUUCAAGGCAGAGGCAAGCAGAGCAAGCCCUCCCCUCCCAAGCUGGGGGGGUCGGUUGGCCACCAAGGGAAUGGGGAGAAGGGGCAAAGCAUCUCGUCCAUCCCUGGCUGAGGGGGAAAGAGUGCAGCACUGCCAUUAAAGGGAACAAAAUCAAGCAAAAAAAAAAAAAAAAAAAAAAAGAGACAGAGGAUGAUGGUGGCCAGAGGAGCCUUGCUGCCCAUCCCUGGCCUUUUGCGUGCUGGGUUGGGCUGCUGCCCUUGCCUCCACCUGGCUCCCCUGCUUUGAGCUGCUCCUGGCCAAGGACAGGGCUGCUGCCAGCCUUGGAACUGGAGGGGUGAUGGAGUGGGCUAGUAUUUUCCCCAUGGAGUGCCUGAGAAUACACUGUUUCCAUGCCGCAUGGUCACCAAUGUCUCAAUACAUGUGUGUGUGCACACGUGUAUGUGUCCAGGGGGGAGAGGGUUAUUUCGGGGGUUUCAUGGUUGCUCAGCCCAGUGUCCAGCUUCCAGUGCUCCCCUGCGACCCCAAGUCCUACUUCGUGCUUUCAGCAACAGCUGCUCCUGCACCGGGGGGAGGUGAAGCAGGCAGAGGGGACAGCCCUGCCACCCGCAUCACCCCCCCGCAGGGUCCCCGCCGGCAGUGGGGCAGCUCAGCCCACUGCGGGGGGAUGCGUGGGGGCAGGGCGCAGCCCUCGUGCCAAGUGGGAAACACUGUGACCUUCAUGCACCCCGCCGAGUUGUCCCCUCUUCCUUGCUCGCUCACGCGCUUUCUCUAAUGCACGUUUGUGAAAGGAGCCCCUGAUGCGCACCCAUGUUGGGGCAUUUCUUUUGUAAAGUUGAUCGUGAACAAUAAACGUGACAUUUUCU